AAAAUCAAGUCUUUAUUUUUCAAAUUGCACGUUUGAUUUUAACUUUAGUGGUUUUAUAGAUUUAUAUAUAUAUUUUUUUAUUGGAAUUCAUCAACAAAAGUUCAACUUAUGAGUAACAUUGCGUCCUUCUUUACCGACAAAUAUCAUGACGUUAUGUCAGCGGCGGAUCCGAGGGUGGAAAAGUGGCCGCUCAUGGAUUCACCUCUUCCGACGAUUACCAUUUGCCUAUCUUAUGUGUAUUUUGUGAAAAUUUUGGGCCCCAGGUUGAUGGAGAAUCGGAAACCCUUCGAAGUUAGAGGUGCUAUGAUUUUUUACAACUUUUUGAUGGUGAUUUGCAGUUCUAUUCUUGUUUUCAACGGAUUAAGGUACCAGUGGCUUAACGGAUCAUCUCUCAAGUGUGAACCUGUUGAUUAUUCAACAAAUUAUGUGCCAAUGAUGGUCGCCUACAACUCAUAUUUUUAUUUUUUAACAAAAUUCAUCGAGUUUAUGGACACCGUUUUCUUCGUAAUUCGAAAGAAAAAUUCUCAAAUUUCUACCCUUCAUGUUAUCCAUCAUGGAAUCAUGCCAUUCAGUGUUUGGUGGGGAGUUAAAUUCGUCCCAGGUGGACAUGCAACUUUCUUUGGUUUCUUAAAUAGUAUCGUUCACAUGGUGAUGUACACAUAUUACGGAUUAGCAGCAAUCGGUCCACACAUGAACAAGUAUCUUUGGUGGAAAAAAUACCUUACGGCAUUCCAAAUGAUUCAAUUUGUGAUGAUUGGAGCCCACUCAUUCCAGCUGCUGUUCCGCGAAUGCAAUUUCCCGAAAAUCUUUGUCCUCUGGAUCGGAUCACACGGUGUCCUUUUCUGGUUCCUCUUUUCAGAUUUUUAUAAGAAAACAUAUUCUCAGAAAAAGAAGGAUGACGAUGCCUCAUGUAAAAAAAAUUAUUUAUCUUUUUUUAGUCAAAAUAUUAAAUGAUUGACCGAUUAUUUGAAUUUAAUGUAAUCAAAAAAUUUGCUACAAGCUUGAAAUCAUGUUGAAGGAAAUGAUUGAUUUUAUUAAAAUUGGCUGAUGAUUUACUGUUCAUCAGAUCGAUUGAUUUUAUAUAUAAAUUGCCUGAUGAUUUACUGUCAGAUGUGUCACUGAAUUAUCAGAUUCUGUAAAUCAUGUGCAUUGACCAAAUAAACCAGGAAAAACACAUUUUUCAAUUUUUCCCUAAAAA